GCAUUCGGCCCAUUCAAGACCCGUGAGCCCACACGUACGCUCUCCGCCGUGCGCAAACACAGCCAGCCAUGGCGCUGCCGUCGUCCCCCGCCGCGUCGGCUCCGGCCUCCGCCGGCGAGCGGUGGCCGCCGCUGGAGUCGAGCCCCGAAGUUUUCAACCAGUUCAUGUGGUCGCUGGGCGUCCCGGAGGAAGAGGCGGAGUUCCACGACGUGUACGGGCUCGACGCCGACGCGUUGGAUAUGGUGCCCCAUCCUGUGCUCGCCGUUACUCUCUGCUUCCCUGAUCCGCCCCAGGAUGCAAGUUACCCUUCAGACCUACUCUUAUCUUAUGGAGAGAAGCAGGAAACAUGGGAUCAGGUUUACUUCAUUAAGCAGAUUGAAUCAUUGGGAAAUGCUUGUGGAACUAUCGCUUUAAUCCACGCUGUUGGAAAUUCAUCUUCAGAAAUUAAUUUAGUGGAGAAUUCAUGCUUGGACGUGUUCUUCAAAUCAACUGCAAGCAUGGACCCAUACGAGCGUGCUUUGUUUCUUGAGAAGGACGAUGCCAUGGCGAAGGCUCACUCAUUGGCCGCCAGUGCUGGUGUCACGGAGUUCUGUGAUGUUGUGGAAGAGCACUACAUUUGUUUUGUGGCUGUCAAUGGAACACUUACUGAGCUUGAUGGAAUGAAGGAUGGACCUAUAAAGCAUGGCUCAUCUUCUUCUAAAAGUUUACUGCAGGAUGCUGUACCUGUCAUUGAGGGUAUCAUGCGCAACAUUCCUGAUUCCAUCAGCUUCAAUGUCAUGGUGCUAUCAAGAAAGCAAAAUAAUGCUGGUACCACUUCUUAAGCCAGUGACUGGUGGAAAACAUGGAUUGAGAAGAAUGCGAUUAAAUGAAUAGGUGUUUGGGAUCGAGCUGCUAUGAAAUUAACUUUCUCCUUGCACCAUCUUAAAGGUACCAUUUUAGAUGAACUCUGUCAAAUUUCUGUUUGUAGCAACAUUUUACUCUAAUUGGCAGUUAACGGUGAAUGCAAGUGGCUCUCAGUUAUCUUCUAAA